GCGCAACCAUCACUCUCCAGCCCAUCCUCGUGACGGCAUUAACAGCAGCAGCAACAACAACAGGCGGCUUUCACUGCAGACCUCCGUACCCAUCGACCACGAUCGCAAGGACGACGUCACUUUCAUUCACGCACGCACGUACGUCUGCGUCAGCACCUCGACCUCGACCUCGACUCUUGUCUGCUCGCACCCGCACCCGCACCCACACCCGCACCCACACCCGCACCCGCACCCGCACCCACAGCCCCCCAGCAGUGCCCACAAUAGACAGCAGACACAACAAGCAUGGAGAACUACCAAAAGCUGGAAAAGGUUGGAGAGGGCACAUAUGGAGUAGUGUACAAGGCCAAAGACUUGAGCAAAGGCGCCAAUGGUCGCAUCGUGGCCCUCAAAAAGAUUCGUUUGGAGGCAGAGGAUGAGGGCGUUCCAUCGACGGCCAUCAGGGAAAUCAGUCUGUUGAAGGAGCUGAAGGAUGACAACAUCGUCAGGCUGCUCGACAUUAUCCACCAGGAGUCCAAGCUGUACCUCGUCUUUGAAUUCCUCGACUUGGACUUGAAAAAGUAUAUGGACAAUGUCGCGCAUUCCAAAGAGGGCAUGGGUCCUGACAUUGUCAGGAAAUUCACCUUUCAACUCAUCCGAGGCAUCUACUAUUGCCACGCCCACCGCAUCCUUCACAGAGACCUCAAGCCACAAAAUCUCCUCAUCGACAAGGAGGGCAACCUAAAGCUGGCAGACUUUGGGCUCGCGCGUGCUUUCGGCAUUCCUCUUCGCACAUACACCCACGAGGUCGUGACGCUUUGGUACAGGGCGCCAGAGGUGCUGCUUGGGUCGAGACACUACAGCACGGCCAUCGACAUGUGGAGCGUAGGCUGCAUCUUUGCCGAGAUGGCAAUGCGCGCUCCCCUCUUUCCCGGAGAUUCCGAAAUCGAUGAGAUUUUCCGCAUCUUUAGAACGCUUGGAACGCCCACCGAGGAGGUGUGGCCAGGUGUGGGCAACCUUCCAGACUACAAGGCUACCUUUCCUCGUUGGAACGGGAUGCCGCUCAGCAAAGCGGUGCCCGCCCUGGACGGUCAAGGUAUCGAGCUGUUAAGGUCGAUGUUGGUGUAUGACCCAGCAGGCAGAGUCAGCGCCAAACGCUGCCUAGACCACGGCUACUUUCGCAACCCCGGCGCUGCAGUCGUAGCUUAGAAGCGCGGUCUCACUGGCACGCCAACACUUUCAUCGACACGACCCUUUACGACUCUCUCCUGUAGCCAUUUCUCUCUCGUCCUCGCAAUACACCACGAUCAAAAGCGCGCACACACGCACACGGUGACAGGGUAUGAAGUGGCAUUGCUAGCGGAGAUGGGCGCACGGAGAUGCUGCUAUUCUCCCCGGUACCUCUGAGAUUCCCAAUCGCCCCAUAUGGUCUUGAGGAUGGACCUUUGAGCCUGAUCCAUGUCGGACAGCACCAAGCUGUCCCUCUCAUGCGUUCCCAUCAUCUCGCACAGCGCAUACAGGCCCGGUUUCAGCUCAGUCCUGCACCGAGCAGAAACGUAGGUGGCUGAAUGGAUGAGAGAUCGAAUGUGAGCUGCGAGGACGUGGGGCGCGUACUUUGAAAAGGCCUGAGC